CUUUUACUCUCUAUUUUCUGUGGAGCAUCACCUAAUCUGGUAAAUGGAGUCAUUAUCAAAAGCAGAUGAGCCAUUUCCUACACCUCCACCUUAUUUCUUACCAGAUGAAAGUCAAACAGGACAAGGUGUGAAGAUCUACCACAUCCACUCACCUUUCAGCCCUCCACCACCUCCGCCAUCCUUCUCCUUUUCUCCACGAGAUGGCUGCUCCUCUCAAAAUCACUCAAUUCCACCAGCGUUUGUUCCCCCUCCAUCUACCCCCAGGCCGAAGUUUGUCAGCUACGAGACUGAACUGUAUCGCUCUCCAGCCCUGACAAGCUGCCCUUCUUGUCAGACUCAGGUCACCACAGAGGUCACCUACCAAGUCGGGACACACGCAUGGCUCAUGUGUCUUGUGUUUGUGUUAUGCGGGUUGGUGGUCGGAUGCUGCCUCAUUCCAUUUUUUGUAAAGCACUUCAAAGAUGCCUACCACACUUGUCCUCGCUGUCGAAGGGUUCUCCACAUACACAGGAAGAAAUGCUGUGAAUGAACACAGACAGCAUUAACUACCAACAGUUUCCUUUUUUGAA